AUGUUCUCUCGCGACAUCUCUUACUUCGAUCGCUUCCCCAACUUCGACCACCACCCUCGUUGUAGCAUCCGCACCGAGUUCAACCGCUUGGCCAAGGCUCAGAAGUGGGACUCUGAGGAGAUCAAGCGCGAGAGAGCCAAGUGUUACAACGAAGAACUCGAGGGCCACUUCCAUCGCCUCGGUAUAGUCGACCAACUUGAACGUCUGAAGCAUCUUUGCGAGGAACUUGGAAUUGAGCCUUGCAACUCUAAUGCCGGCUGCAGGAAGGUGAGACUGUCUUCACCAAUAGUCACUGCGAGAAUUCUGCUAACCGGGUUGAGCUGUAGNAUUCUAAGGCAAACUCAUGUCAACCUCGUUGACCUCAUGGAUGCUCGCCGUGACGAUGACAAGAAGGUCGCAAAGUUUAAGACCUUCAAGGACCUUAAGGAAUACUCUCACAAGACUAAGAAGUUCUUCCCCUUGGAUGAGGCUAAGGGCGAGACCAUUGAAGUCCUUCUCAGAAGACUGAAGACAAUCAAGGUCUAG